AUGGAGAAAAAUUAUGAAAGUAAUAAAAUUUUAACUGGUAAAGAUUUUCCAGAACAUCUUACGGGGGCAACAAUGAAAACGAUUGAUCGCAUAGGUCAACAUCACAAUGUUACUGGCAUUCUUUACUGUAACCAUAGGGGCACGCAAAUAUCGACCAUACCAGAAAGCAUGUCGCAAACUCUGACGUCUAAGCUGCCUGGCUAUUCAUCCCUAGUGCGAGAGGCGCUGAAAGAUGUAGAUGUGUUUGACGAUCUCAUAGCGUACAGGAUUGAAACGAAAUCUGACGAAAUCAUGGUGGCCGCGGGGGAAAUUUGUAACAACGAAGCUAGGAAAAUGAAGAUUUUAACCAACCUGUUAAAAGAUAAACGCGAUGAAUGGUUGGUUUACACCACAGCCAACAUUAAUAACGUUAACCCGAUAGUAGACAGACUAAUGGAAGACGAUUCUGUGGACUGCGUCAUUAUGACAAAUAAAGAUGGUACACCAAUUUUGACCAAUACCAGUCCCACAACUGCUACUAACUACGGAUUGAUACUGCAUCCCAUUGGAUCUUUAGCGCAUAUUUACAUUAAAGAACUGGAUGCUCUCGACGAAGUAAUAGUGACCCGAAUUAUUACAAAAAAUGUGGAAAUUUUAAUAGCACCACACAGAGAGUUCAGCAUAAUAGUAGCUCAACACGCCACUAGACCUAAAAUGAAAGAGAAAAAAAACAAAAAACAAUUGGUUUAA